UCCGUCGCGGACGGUUUUGAGGGGCGGCCUGUGCGUGAGCGCGAGCUCCGGGCCGCCGGCCUUCCCGCGCCCGCCCGGCGCCGCAUGCUGCGGGCCGCGGCCGCGAGUCCCCGCUCAGGUUGGCGGUGCUGAGGCGCCGGGGCAGCGCGCGACAUGUCGUCGGGCCUCCGCGCCGCCGACUUCCCCCGCUGGAAGCGCCACAUUUCGGAGGAGCUGAGGCGGCGGGACCGGCUGCAGAGACAGGCAUUCGAAGAGAUCAUCCUGCAGUAUAACAAGUUGCUAGAAAAGUCAGAUCUUCAUUCGGUGCUGGCCCAUAAGCUACAGGCUGAAAAGCAUGACGUCCCCAACAGGCACGAGAUCAGUCCUGGCCACGACAGCUCAUGGAAUGAUGGUCAACUACAAGAAAUGGCCCAGCUGAGGAUUAAACACCAAGAGGAACUGACUGAAUUACACAAGAAACGUGGGGAGUUAGCUCAGUUGGUGAUUGACCUGAACAACCAAAUGCAGCAGAAGGACAGGGAGAUGCAAAUGAAUGAAGCAAAAAUUGCAGAAUGCUUGCAGACCAUCUCUGACCUGGAGACCGAGUGCCAUGAACUGCGCAGUAAGCUUCAGGACCUCGAAAGAGCCAACCAGACCCUGAAGGAUGAGUACGAUGCCCUGCAGAUCACGUUUACUGCCUUGGAGGAGAAACUGAGGAAAACUACUGAAGAGAACCAGGAGCUGGUCACCAGAUGGAUGGCCGAGAAAGCCCAGGAAGCCAAUCGCCUAAAUGCAGAGAAUGAGAAGGAUUCAAGGCGGCGGCAGGCCCGGCUGCAGAAGGAGCUCGCGGAGGCCGCCAAGGAACCUCUACCCGUUGAACAGGAUGAUGACAUUGAAGUCAUUGUGGACGAAACCUCUGAUCAUGCCGAGGAGACCUCUCCUGUGCGAGCCGUCAGCAGAGUGACCACUAAGCGACUCUCGCAGCCUGCUGGAGGCCUUCUGGAUUCUAUCACUAAUAUCUUUGGUCUGUCCGAGUCUCCCCUUUUGGGACAUCACUCUUCUGAUGCUGCCAGGAGGCGCUCUGUCUCUUCCUUUCCAGUUCCCCAGGAUAACGUGGAUACUCAUCCUGGUUCUAGUAAAGAAGUGAGGGUGCCAACGACCGCCAUAUGUGUCUUUGACGCUCACGAUGGGGAGGUCAACGCCGUGCAGUUCAGCCCGGGCUCCCGGCUGCUGGCCACCGGAGGCAUGGACCGGAGAGUGAAGCUUUGGGAAGUGUGUGCAGAUAAAUGUGAGUUCAAGGGCUCCCUGUCCGGCAGUAAUGCAGGAAUUACAAGCAUUGAAUUUGAUAGUGCUGGAUCUUACCUCUUGGCAGCUUCAAAUGAUUUUGCAAGUCGAAUCUGGACUGUGGAUGAUUAUCGGUUACGGCACACGCUCACGGGACACAGCGGCAAAGUGCUGUCCGCCAAGUUCCUGCUGGAUAACGCGCGCAUUGUUUCUGGAAGUCACGACCGGACCCUCAAGCUCUGGGAUCUCCGCAGCAAAGUCUGCAUAAAGACUGUGUUUGCGGGGUCCAGCUGCAAUGACAUCGUGUGCACGGAGCAGUGUGUGAUGAGCGGACACUUCGACAAGAAGAUUCGUUUCUGGGACAUCCGAUCAGAGAGCAUUGUCCGAGAGAUGGAACUGCUGGGCAAGAUCACUGCCCUGGACUUGAACCCGGAAAGAACCGAACUCCUCAGCUGCUCCCGUGAUGACCUGCUAAAAAUUAUCGAUCUGCGAAUAAACGCUGUCAGACAGACGUUUAGUGCCCCUGGAUUCAAGUGCGGCUCUGAUUGGACCAGAGUUGUGUUCAGCCCGGACGGUGGCUACGUGGCGGCGGGCUCGGCUGAGGGCUCCCUCUACAUCUGGAGCGUGCUCUCGGGGAAAGUGGAGAAGGUUCUCUCAAAGCAUCAUGGCUCGUCCAUCAAUGCGGUGGCGUGGUCCCCAUCCGGCUCCCACGUUGUCAGUGUGGACAAAGGAAGCAAAGCCGUGCUGUGGUCAGAGUAUUGAUGGCACCUCCUGGAGAGAGCGGAGCUGAAGCCGGAGACUCGCAGGCUCCGGCAGCUCUGUCCUGGCAGGUGGUGUGCUGGGUGUGGCUUUGACCUCCGGAGAAGAGCCCGGCCGUGUGGCGCAGGGGCUUCUUUUGUUGAACAGGAUUUCUGAGGAUUCGGGCUGAGGCCUCUGUGGAAGAGUAGCGCUGUGAAGACCCGAACCUGCAGCCACCUAGCAGAGGCGCGGGCGCUGGCCUUGACUCCGUGGGAAACACUACUGGCUCUGAUCUCCCAUACCUCAGCGGGGGCAGCGCGCGCCCUGCCAGCGCCCUUGCUGGCCGGCGGUGCCAGGGACGCCCCACACAGCCGGGCCGGUUCUCCCUCCGGGCUUUCUCCCAUCCUCCCACGGUUGGUUCUGGCCGAAUGCAUGUCCUGUCACCCUGGGGUCCUUUUCCUGAACUCUAGCUUUAAUCAUUGGAUUAACAGAAACCCAAACAGGAUUAUCCUUGCCCUCGGCUGUAGGGGCCGCCCUGAUUUCCCUGGAGACAGGACUGUGGUCCCUCCCUGCUGGUCUGUGUCAUGAUUACGAGGCUCUUACUCUGAUCUCAUCUGAUUACUAUUAGAAUUUCCUUAGAUCUCCCAAACAGUUCUUAGAAAGCCCCUGUUCUUCAGAGCCUCAGCAUCCUUUCUCCCCAGCGGUACUGUAUGCUGCUUUCUCAGUCGAGAAAUCCCAACUUGGUUUAAAAAAAACAAAAACCGUUUUGGAUGCAGGAGAGGAAGUGUGCUGCUGGUCCCGGGUCCAUCUGUAGGCUCCCAGGAAGUGGGCGCCACCGCCUCCUUCCAGGGGUGCCAGGGACUGGAGUCCUCGACGGUAUUCGCCUGGAGCUGGUAGGCCCAGCCACUGCCCUUUGCCAAGCCUGCGUGCAGUAGCCCCUCAGUGCUUCGGCGCGAGAAGCCCGUCCCGAGAAGCACGGGAGUGUCAUCUCUAGGUUUCAGGAGUCCCGUUCGAGGCUGGGGGACAACUGGCCUGUGGCUUGCUUUUUGUUUUGUACACAUUUAUCUUUAGCAUCUUUCCUGUGUAUAUUAUUUUAGUUCCUGGGUGACUGAAACACCAAUACUUUCAUCACUUUUUAAUUUGCACUUUAUUUUUUUCCUUCUGCACUUGUUCUCUGGACAGCCGUGGGUGCGAGAGCUGGAGCUGGGGAGGGGGGCUGCCGCCGUCCUCCCUCUCUCUCUGGCCCUCCUCCCCCCAUUUCAGCUUGCUGCUCCAGGAGCUCAAGGGGAGUUGGAAUUCACAGGCCAGGGCGCAGCUGUUAUUUAUUUAAUUAUGUUGCCCGACAGAACUUGAUUGUAAAUAAAGAAAUCUGUUCUAUACUUUUCAAA